AUGAGAAAAGAGCUUAUUUUAACAUACUCCAUUAUAAUAAUGAAAGAGUUGUAUAUGGUAAUAAGUAAGCUUAUCACUUCAAGCCACAUCGAUUAUCAAGAAGAUUUAAAGCAUUUUGAAUCGCUGCGAAUAACAGAUAGGAGAGAAAACUCUCAAACUGAGUCUGGCUUAAAAAUUAGUUUACCAUUACUAGGAUUUGAUGGCCCAGAAACUCCAACCUCAGUAAAGAAAAUCGACAUAGAUGCUUUGCUGCAAUCGAAAGAGCUAGUAAUUAACUCCCCCUUUGUUAGCGAAUAUACCAUUGGAAAAAUUCCUAUUUUUGCCCAAAACAUAUCCUCUGCAAGCGAACAAAAUUGUUUUAUGAAAAAAAAUUGAUAUAUAAGUGAUAAUUAGUAUAAUGAAAUCUCGAGCUAAUUCUGCUUAAUAUUGAGCAAAUUGCAUUUUAAAACAUAAUUUUAAAUUAAAUUAAUUUUUACGGAUUGGAAUUUUUUUAAAUUUUGAAGAAAAAACAUUUAAUAUAUAAUUUUACCUCCGUGAGCGAACAAAAUUUUUUAUCACUCACGGAUAGGGGAGUAAGCAAAUAGAUCAAAACAUAGAAGGCAGAAAAAUAGUAAUUCGCACAAUUCCGAAAAAAAGGGCUGAAGAUCAAACUGAGGUUUUUCCGAAAAAGAGAGCAAAAGAACAACAGCUAAGAUUUCCUAUAAAUGAGAUCGAAGAUAAGAUUUGUGUUAAUUGCAACAGAUGAAGUAAGAGGAAUGUUUAUCUAACUCCCCCCCUCCGUGAGCGAAUAAAAAUUUGUGUUCGCUAAAGGAGGGGGUUAAUUUUUGUUUUUUAGAAAAAUUUAUAUAUAAAUUUAAAGAAAACAAUUUUUCGGAAUUUAAAAAAAUCCCACUUCUAGAAAAUUGGAAGGCAAGUAUUAAUUUAAUUUGUAAAAUUUAUAUUUCAAAAGCAAUUUGUUUAAAAUUAAACAGAAUUAGCUCAAGAUUUUAUGUUACUAGUUAUCACUUAUGUAACAAAAUUUUUUUUCCCAUAAAAAUUUUUCUAUUUAAAAAAUUUUUGUUCACUUACAGAGGGUGGGCUUUUGGCAAAAAAUAGGGAUUUUUCUAAUGGUUUUGCUCGCUCAAGGGGGUGGGGUAAGUGAAAAUAGUAAAGAUACUGCUAAAAAGGGAUGUGAAAAUAUAAACCCAUCGCAAAAUUCCCAAAAUCAAAAUGGCUCGGCUGGAUUUUCACAUAACUACUCUGAAGCCAAAAGCACAAAAAUCGCAAGAAUAUGCCCAUAUUGUUUCAAGGACAUGAAUUCUUUUCAGCAUACUGCUCCAAAAAGUGUUUUUGAUUUUUCAUAUUAUAAACCCUUAUAA